GAAAGCCCCAUAAUGUCAUCCCGUUAGAAAGACGCAAACAUUACUUUUUCCAUAUUUUACCUUUUCUAAGCGAUUAAAAGAUUGCCAAGAGUCAGUGCCACGCAGGGAAGGACAUCAAGGCUCCAGGAAACGCGUUGAGGUCUAAAUGAUGGCAUGGUGCAGUCAGCCAGUUCGGGGGGUCCUUCUGGACAUAACCGGGGUCCUAUAUGAGGGUGGGUCCACUGUGCCUAUUCCUGGGAGCGUGGAGGCUGUGGAGAGACUCAAGGCAUCAGGUAUAGGAGUUCGUCUGGUCACUAACGAGACCUCCGUACCUGUGGGCCAUCUCCUGAAGAAGCUGCAAGGUAUGGGCUUCAAGGUGCAGGAUAAGGAGGUCUUCAGCCCCAUUCCUGCAGCCAUCAGGGUCCUGCAGGAGAGAGGAUUGGUCCCACAUCUCCUGGUGAAUCGUAUGGUCGAGGGAGAGUUCGCCCCCCUGCUGCCCCCUGCCGCCCCCCCCGCCCCCCCCAGCUGUGUGGUGGUGGGGGAUGCUGACCAAGCCUUCAACUUCGAUAACAUGAACAAGGCUUUUAGGGCUCUGAAGGGCAUGGCGGACCCCGUUAUACUGUCCUUGGGCGCUGGGAAGUUCUACCGCCACCACGGGGAGCUUCAGCUGGACGUGGCGCCGUUCGUCAAGGCUUUGGAGUGGGCGGUGAGUGGGGCGAAGGUCGAGGUGGUGGGGAAGCCCUCUCCGAACUUCUUCCUCUCAGCCCUCUCAUCCAUGGGGGUCAAGCCGGAGGAGGCUGUCAUGGUGGGGGAUGACCUCGAGGGUGACGUCGGGGGGGCGCUCGGGUGUGGGGUGAGGGGGGUGCUUUUACGGACGGGCAAGUUCACCCCGGCCUGGGAGAAUCACCCCACCAUCACCCCGUCUCUUAUUGGGGUGAAUUUGGGGGAGGUGGUGGAUGAGCUGCUGGGGUGAUGGGAGGAGGAGGAGGAGGAGGAGGAGG